AGGGGCAAUGGCGGCCAUCGGGGUGCACCUGGGAGCCACCUGUGCGUGCGCCGCCGUGUACAAGGAUGGCCGCGCCGAUGUGGUCGCCAACGACGCCGGGGACAGGGUCACGCCCGCGGUCGUGGCGUUCUCGGAGAGCGAGGAGGUUGUUGGCUUAGCUGCGAAGCAAAGCAGGAUAAGAAAUAUUUCCAACACUGUCGUGAAAGUGAAGCAGAUCCUUGGGAGAAGCUCUGGUGACCCUCAGGCAAAGAAAUACAUUGCAGAAAGCAAAUGCUCUAUGAUUGAGAAGAAUGGGAAACUUCAGUAUGAAAUAGAUAACAAACUUAUUAACCCAGAAGAUGUGGCAAAACUAAUUUUCAGUAAAAUGAAAGAGACUGCCCAGUCUGCAUUGGGCUCAGAUGUGAAUGAUGUUGUUGUCACUGUGCCAUUUGAUUUUGGAGAGAAUCAGAAGAAUGCCCUUGGGGAAGCAGCUGCAGCUGCUGGGUUCAAUGUUAUGAGAUUAAUUCAUGAACCAUCUGCAGCUCUCCUUGCUUAUGGAAUUGGCCAAGAUUCACCCACUGGGAAAAGCAACGUGCUGGUCUAUAAACUGGGUGGAACAUCACUUUCUAUCACAGUCAUAGAAGUGAACAGUGGAAUAUAUCGUGUGCUUGCUACAAACACAGAUGACAGCAUUGGAGGAGUUUGCUUCACAGAAGCUCUAGCACAACACUUAGCUUCUGAAUUUCAGAGGUCUUGUAAACAUGAUAUUAGAGGAAAUCCCAGAGCCAUGAUGAAGUUAAUGAACAGUGCUGAUAUUGCAAAACACUCUUUAUCAACCCUGGGAAGUGCAAACUGUUUUGUAGAUUCAUUGUAUGAUGGAUUGGAUUUUGAUUGCAAUGUGUCCAGGGCCAGAUUUGAACUUAUCUGUUCUUCACUUUUUAGUAAAUGUGUAGAAGCAAUUAAAAAGCUCUUGCAGCAAGUUGGAUUUACAGCAGAUGACAUUAAUAAGGUAGUUCUUUGUGGUGGGUCUGCUCGAAUCCCAAAGCUACAGCAGCUGAUCAAAGACAUUUUCCCAACUGUGGAAUUACUGAAUUCAAUUCCUCCAGAUGAAGUUAUUCCCAUUGGUGCAGCCAUAGAGGCAGGAAUUCUGCUAGGGAAAGAGAAUACCUUGUUAGAGGAAGAUGCACUCAUUGAGUGUUCUGCCAAAGAUAUUCUUCUUAAGGGAGUAGACGAGUCAGGGGCUGACAAAUUCACAGUGCUGUUUCCAUCAGGGACACCACUGCCAGCUCGAAGGCAGCACACCCUGCAUGCCCCUGGGAACAUUUCCUCUGUGUGCCUUGAGCUCUACGAGUCAUUGGGCAAGAGUCCCAUGAAUGAAGAAGAGAAAUUUGCACAGAUUGUACUCCAGGAUUUAGAUAAAAAGGAGGAUGGCCUGCAUGAUAUACUAACAGUUCUCACAAUGAAAAGGGAUGGGUCCUUGCACGUCACCUGCACAGAUCAAGAUUCUGGAAAGUGUGAAAUCAUCACUGUUGAAGUGGCAUCAUAGGCCACUUUGGAAGGCAACGUUUUUCUAACUUGAUUUUUGUCUCUUACUGGCUUUUCUGCCAAAGCAGUGACUCUCUGUGAUGUCUCU